CUUUCGCUGGUGGCGGCCCGCGGUUUCCCCGCGCUCCUCGCUCUUGUGUCGGCCGCUGCCGCUCGCGGCUCCCCUCGCCGCCGCCAUGUACGACGCGGAUGAAGAUAUGCAAUAUGAUGAGGAUGAUGAUGAAAUCACUCCUGACUUGUGGCAAGAAGCAUGCUGGAUUGUUAUUAGCUCCUACUUUGACGAGAAAGGCCUGGUCAGGCAACAGCUGGAUUCUUUUGAUGAGUUUAUUCAGAUGUCUGUGCAGAGAAUUGUUGAAGAUGCUCCACCAAUUGAUUUACAAGCUGAAGCCCAGCAUGCCACAGGAGAAGUGGAAGAGCCACCCCGCUAUCUGCUGAAGUUUGAACAAAUCUAUCUCUCCAAACCAACACACUGGGAGAGAGAUGGUGCACCAUCCCCCAUGAUGCCAAAUGAAGCCAGACUAAGAAACCUCACGUAUUCAGCCCCUCUGUACGUGGAUAUAACUAAAACGGUUAUUAAAGAAGGGGAAGACCAGUUACAGACACAGCAUCAGAAAACUUUUAUAGGAAAAAUCCCUAUUAUGUUACGUUCAACGUACUGCUUGUUGAAUGGCUUAACUGACCGUGAUCUUUGUGAACUGAAUGAAUGCCCUCUUGACCCUGGUGGCUACUUUAUCAUUAAUGGAUCAGAAAAGGUUCUGAUUGCUCAGGAGAAAAUGGCUACAAACACGGUGUAUGUGUUUGCAAAGAAAGAUUCAAAAUAUGCCUACACAGGAGAGUGUAGAUCUUGUCUGGAAAAUUCUUCUCGGCCAACAAGUACUAUAUGGGUUAGCAUGCUGGCCAGAGGUGGGCAGGGUGCAAAGAAGAGUGCUAUUGGCCAGCGCAUUGUAGCAACUUUGCCAUAUAUCAAACAAGAAGUGCCCAUCAUAAUUGUCUUCCGUGCGCUAGGGUUUGUGUCCGACAGGGACAUUUUAGAGCACAUCAUUUACGAUUUCGAAGACCCAGAAAUGAUGGAAAUGGUCAAGCCUUCUUUGGAUGAAGCGUUUGUCAUCCAGGAACAAAAUGUCGCUCUAAACUUCAUUGGAUCAAGAGGUGCAAAGCCAGGUGUCACCAAAGAGAAAAGAAUCAAGUAUGCUAAAGAAGUCUUGCAGAAAGAAAUGCUCCCACAUGUUGGUGUCAGUGACUUUUGUGAAACCAAAAAGGCCUAUUUUCUAGGGUACAUGGUUCAUAGAUUGUUGCUGGCAGCCCUGGGAAGAAGAGAGCUUGAUGACAGAGAUCACUAUGGCAACAAAAGACUGGAUCUUGCUGGACCACUGUUAGCUUUCCUGUUCAGAGGAAUGUUUAAGAAUUUGCUGAAGGAAGUGAGAAUAUAUGCACAAAAAUUUAUUGACAGAGGGAAAGAUUUCAACUUGGAACUGGCAAUUAAAACAAGAAUUAUUUCAGAUGGUUUGAAGUAUUCAUUGGCUACUGGAAACUGGGGUGAUCAGAAGAAAGCUCAUCAGGCAAGAGCAGGAGUAUCUCAGGUGCUAAACCGUCUGACGUUUGCAUCUACUCUGUCCCACCUGAGACGCCUGAAUUCUCCAAUUGGUAGAGAUGGUAAACUAGCAAAGCCCAGACAGCUGCACAAUACACUGUGGGGAAUGGUUUGCCCUGCUGAGACUCCAGAGGGCCACGCAGUAGGGCUUGUGAAGAACCUAGCCCUGAUGGCUUACAUUUCCGUGGGGUCUCAGCCAUCCCCAAUUUUGGAAUUCUUGGAAGAGUGGAGUAUGGAAAACUUGGAAGAAAUAUCUCCUGCAGCAAUAGCUGAUGCUACUAAGAUUUUUGUUAAUGGCUGCUGGGUAGGAAUACACAAAGAUCCAGAACAACUUAUGAAUACUCUAAGAAAGCUGCGUCGUCAGAUGGACAUCAUUGUGUCGGAGGUCUCAAUGAUUAGGGAUAUCCGGGAACGAGAAAUCCGCAUCUAUACGGAUGCAGGCAGAAUUUGUCGACCCCUUUUAAUUGUGGAAAAACAGAAGUUGCUGUUGAAGAAAAGGCAUAUUGACCAACUGAAGGAGCGAGAGUAUAACAAUUACAGCUGGCAGGAUCUUGUGGCCAGUGGUGUAGUGGAGUAUAUUGAUACCCUGGAAGAAGAGACUGUGAUGUUGGCAAUGACUCCAGAUGACUUGCAAGAAAAAGGUGUUGCAUAUUGCUCAACGUACACACACUGUGAGAUUCACCCAUCUAUGAUCCUGGGAGUAUGUGCAUCUAUUAUCCCUUUCCCUGAUCACAACCAGUCUCCUAGGAACACAUACCAAUCUGCUAUGGGUAAGCAGGCUAUGGGAGUUUACAUUACAAACUUCCAUGUUCGUAUGGAUACGCUGGCACAUGUGCUGUAUUAUCCUCAGAAGCCCCUUGUAACAACUCGUUCCAUGGAGUACUUGCGAUUCAGAGAGUUACCAGCAGGUAUCAACUCGAUUGUAGCCAUUGCAUCGUACACAGGCUAUAACCAGGAAGACUCUGUCAUCAUGAACCGUUCUGCUGUGGACAGAGGCUUUUUCAGAUCUGUGUUCUAUCGCUCAUACAAAGAGCAAGAGUCCAAAAAAGGGUAUGACCAAGAAGAAGUUUUUGAAAAGCCUACCCGUGAAACUUGCCAAGGCAUGAGACAUGCUAUCUAUGAUAAACUUGAUGAUGAUGGUUUGAUAGCCCCUGGGGUACGUGUGUCUGGGGAUGAUGUCAUUAUUGGCAAAACAGUAACUCUGCCAGAAAAUGAAGAUGAACUGGAAAGCACUAACAGACGUUUCACAAAGAGAGACUGUAGCACUUUUCUGCGAACUAGUGAGACUGGUAUUGUAGAUCAGGUCAUGGUAACCCUUAACCAGGAAGGAUACAAGUUCUGCAAAAUUAGGGUACGCUCCGUUAGAAUCCCACAAAUUGGAGAUAAAUUUGCCAGCAGACAUGGUCAGAAGGGAACCUGUGGAAUUCAAUACAGGCAGGAGGAUAUGCCCUUCACCUGUGAAGGCAUCACACCUGAUAUAAUCAUCAAUCCCCAUGCCAUCCCUUCCCGUAUGACCAUUGGUCACUUGAUUGAAUGUCUUCAGGGGAAGGUAUCGGCAAACAAGGGCGAAAUUGGUGAUGCUACGCCUUUUAAUGAUGCUGUCAAUGUGCAGAAGAUUUCCAAUCUCUUAUCAGAUUAUGGCUAUCAUCUAAGAGGAAAUGAGGUCCUCUACAAUGGAUUCACUGGCCGAAAAAUCACGUCACAGAUUUUCAUCGGUCCUACCUAUUAUCAGCGAUUGAAGCACAUGGUAGAUGACAAAAUCCAUUCUCGUGCAAGAGGGCCAAUCCAGAUCCUUAACAGGCAGCCCAUGGAAGGUAGAUCUCGUGAUGGUGGCCUUCGCUUUGGAGAAAUGGAGCGAGACUGCCAGAUUGCUCAUGGAGCAGCCCAGUUCUUGAGAGAGAGAUUAUUUGAAGCUUCAGACCCAUACCAAGUCCAUGUCUGUAACCUCUGUGGAAUCAUGGCAAUUGCAAACACAAGGACUCACACCUAUGAAUGCCGGGGAUGCCGUAAUAAAACUCAGGUAGGUGUGACUUUCAUCAGCCAGUGUUUCUCAUGGUGGGUAAGAGGCAAUGUCAUGGAGGUGAACAGGACGAUGGAGAAGUGGAUGGCUAAAGAAACUGCUGAACAAUUGCUAGGUUAGCUUCGUAAGUACAAAUGUUUAAGCGUUUACAGUGUGUUAGUUAACUGAGAUAUUUCCUUCUGAGUUUUGAGUAUUGGUUUGUCACUUGGCAGGAAAUGUCGUUCAAGUAUUUUGCAGUGCAGGGUUUUCAGAGACUUGAAAAGUAAAGACUUGAGAGCUUAUUUAUAGACUAUUGAAAUAGUAAAACUCUGAAUCACAAGAAUUCAGAGCUGUCACCCUUGUGACUGUCCCUGUGAAGAUGUUAUGUUCCCAAAGCUCUACAGUGUAUGCUUGGUUACAGAGCUAUGUCAAGGGAGUGGCAGCACGGAUAAAAAUAGUUGUCUUGAACAAUCUUGUUCUU